GGGCGGGACCCCUCUCAGGGGACCAGAAGAGGCCCUCUGGGGAUGGUCCCUGGAGAAUCUCGCGAGGCUGGGAAGCUGGACUGUGUGUCCGAAGGGCGAAGCCGAGAUCUCUUCCUUUGAAUUUUUGGCACGUUCUGUGGCUUGCUGGUGGCCGUAGUUUGCAGUCCUGUUUUGUUUGUGUGCAGUAAUCCAUCUGUUCUCCUUGUGCCAUGUGUGAGAGAGUCCCCAGGACACCUACCUAUGAAUGAAAUUGCUGGAUUGAAAGGAAUUUCUUCACAUGGCUUCCGAAGAUGUGACCGUUACGGUUCGCCUCAUUCGUUCAUUUGAGCAUCGCAAUUUCAGACCUGUAGUAUAUUAUGGAGUUCAUUUGGACCAGACUGUAAAGGAAUUUAUAGUAUUUCUAAAGCAAGAUAUCCCUUUGAGAACCAGCCUGCCACCACCAUUCAGAAAUUAUAAAUAUGAUAAACUAAAGAUUGUUCAUCAAGCACAUAAAUCAAAGACAAAUGAACUUGUGUUGAGUUUGGAAGAUGAUGACAGGCUCCUGUUAAAAGAAGACAGCACCCUGAAAGCAGCUGGAAUCGCCAGUGAAACUGAAAUUGCCUUUUUCUGUGAAGAGGACUAUAAGAAAUACAAAGCUAAUCCCCUUUCAUCCUGGUGAGAACUUCACAGGGCUUCCUUUUUGCAUACUUGUAUUAAGCUCUUUAUUCCACUAGUGAGUUUUUUAAGUUGACAAAUAAACUUAAAAAAAUGA